AUGACGACAUCGUACAACACGGCUGCUUAUAAAUGCAAAAUGGUCUACUGUGCGCAGGGUCGAAUGACUGUGAUUCGUGAUCGUAGUGCCCAUAAUCUUCUCCCUUUUGAUCAGUCAUGCUGGGGAAAUUUCACCACUAAAAAUCGUCGAACUCUUCUAUUUGCUUUUCACCAUCACUGCUAUUAUAAACCAUAUACACAAACGACUCGUCUACGUAUUCUUCUGUUGGCCGUCGCCAUUGCCUCCAUUUUCUGUCAAUUGCCGGCAAAUGCUCUUUCCCCAAAAGUUCUGGUCGCGCCAAUCGCAAAGGACGCCAAAACCCUGCGCUACACCGUCGAAAUUUUGCAGAAAACCCCUGUGCAGAAGCAACAUUUAAUGCUCGAUCUCAUAACCGACUACUCCAUCCUUCGCUGCUCAGCAAAAGUCUACAAAUCCUCCACAUAUUCUCCAGUCCCCUGCAGCGAAACCCUUUGCAAGUCAUACGAAUAUUCCCUGACGGCCGUCAGCUGCCAAGGCAACGGGGCUUGCCGGUAUGACGACGUCGUCGCUGGCACUUCCGCAUCACUCGGCAUUUCAUGGGAGUUCGCCAUUUGCUUGCCUUCGACUGCCAACUCACCCGGCACGCUCUUCUUCGGCAACAAGCCCUAUGUUUUUCUACGAGAAAUCGUGGCUCCAUUUGACAUGUGCUUUAACACUGCUGGUGUGGCGUCCACCCACGUGGAGCCUGCCGUACCAACUAUUGACCUCGUGCUGCAGAACAAUUGUACGUGGAGGAUCUUUGGUGCCAACUCGAUGGUCCAGGUCAGUGAUAAAGUGAUGUGUUUGGGGUUUGUUGAUGGGGGUGAAGAUCCCGUCACCACCAUUGUAAUCAGGACAUAUCAGAUGGAGGGCAAUUUUCACCACUUUGAUAUUGCCACGUCAUCGUUGGGUUUCUCGUCUUCCCUGCUCUUUCAGCAGACCACCUGCUCUAACUUUAAUUUCACAUUUUCUAGAUGA